UGUUUUACUUUGUCCAGUAAACUUCAAUAAAUCGAAAAAGUAAACUUUUCUCUUGAUUUUGGUAAUUACUUCAUCGUUUCUGAGUAAAAAUGGGAUCUGAAGACGACCGUGAUUCGCCUUCUAAGGAGCUAGAACGUGAAAGGUCGAAGCAGAAGGAGAGAGAAAGAGAUCGUGACCGACGAGACAAGCACAAGUCUAGAGAACGUGAUCGAUCCAGAGAGAGAAAAAGAGAAAAAGACCGAGAUAGACAUAGAGAUAGGGAUAAAGAUGAUAGGAAAAGAGAUAGAGAUAGGAAAAGGGACAGGUCAAGGGAUCGAAAGCAUCGAAGACGGUCAAGGUCCAGAUCCAGAUCACCUCAUAGAAGCAGAGAAGACAGAAAAAGUGAGGAAGAAGAAGAACAAAAGAAAGUGAAAGUUGAGCCAUUAUCACUGGAAGAAAUGAUUGCCAAACGAGAGGCCGAGAAGAAAGCUCUAGAAAAGCCAACAUUUUUGACUAAAGAACAAAGGGCACAAGAAGCACUGAAAAGACGCCAGCAGCAAGUAGAAGAGCAAAAAAGAAAAACGGAGGAGGAGAGACAAAAGAGGGAGACAUUUUUAAGAGAAGCUCAACAUUCUAAAGAGGAUGAAAGGGAAAGAAGAGAAAGAAGGGAACGACGUGAAAAAGCAGAGGUAGAAGGGGAAGAUGAGAAAAGAGACAAGGCCAGGCAAGAUAAAUAUAUUGAAAAAGAGCUUGAUGCGAUAAAGGAACGAUAUCUUGGAUUGAAUAAGAGGCGUAGGAAGGUGCGCAAGUUAAGCGAUCGUAAAUUCGUGUUUGACUGGGAUGCUCUAGAAGAUACAUCAGUAGAUUACAACCCAAUAUACAAAGAGAGACAUCAAGCUCAGAUGUUUGGUAGAGGACACAUCGGAGGGAUUGAUAUCAAGACUCAAAAGAAAGAAGCUGGAAAGUUUUACCAAGAAAUGCUGGAAAGAAGACGUACACAGGCGGAAAAAGAUCAGGAAAGCUCACGCAUCCUUAAAGUCAAAGCAAAGGAAAAGAAAUUGGCUCAUGAUGAUCGUCACUGGUCUAAGAAGAAACAGGACGAAAUGACUGAUAGGGAUUGGAGAAUAUUUAGGGAAGAUUUCAACAUCAGCACCAAAGGUGGCCGUAUUCCUAACCCCAUACGAACCUGGGAAGAAUCCGGUCUUCCACCAGAAAUAUUAGAGAUUUGUAAGAAGCUGAACUAUACAGAACCAACACCAAUUCAGCGGCAGGCAAUACCAAUCGGAAUGCAAAACAGAGAUAUCAUUGGUGUAGCAGAGACUGGUAGUGGUAAAACAGCAGCCUUUACCAUUCCCUUGUUGUGUUGGAUUAGAGGUCUACCCAAGCUGGACAGGGUUGAGGAUUCCGACCAGGGACCCUAUGCACUUAUUAUGGCCCCAACCAGAGAGUUAGCUCAACAGAUUGAAGAGGAGCUUCUGAAGUUUGGCCGUCCUUUGGGAAUAAGAUGUGUGUCCAUAGUUGGUGGGCUGUCUCGUGAAGAUCAAGGUUUUCAACUGCGUCUUGGAUGUGAGGUUGUUAUUGCAACACCUGGUCGACUGAUUGAUGUAUUAGAAAAUCGUUACUUGGUGCUGAGUCGAUGUUCUUAUGUAAUUCUUGAUGAGGCUGAUCGUAUGAUCGACAUGGGUUUUGAGCCAGAUGUACAGAAGAUCUUGGAGUACCUCCCAGUGACCAACCAGAAACCAGACAGUGAAGUUGCUGAGGAUCCAGAACAUUUGUUAAAUCACAUGGGCAAAAACAAGUACAGACAGACUGUCAUGUUCACAGCUACUAUGCCACCACAAGUAGAAAGAUUGGCCAAAACCUAUUCAAGGAGGCCUUGUGUUGUUUACAUAGGAUCAGUUGGUAAACCAGUCGAAAGAACAGAACAGCGUGUUUAUAUGUUGAAAGAACAGGGCAAAAGGAAGAAGUUGCUGGAGAUCCUUAACAGUAAUAUUGAUCCUCCUAUCAUGGUGUUUGUAAACCAAAAGAAGGGAGCAGAUGUACUUGCGAAGUCUCUAGAGAAAAUGGGCUUCCGCGCCACGGUCUUGCACGGUGGUCGUAACCAAGAACAGAGAGAGCUUGCUUUAGCAAGCUUAAAGAACGGUGCUAAAGACAUCCUGGUUUGCACAGAUGUUGCAGGUCGUGGUAUUGACAUCAAGGACGUCUCACAUGUCAUCAAUUACGAUAUGGCAAAGACUAUAGAAGACUACACCCAUCGUAUCGGUAGAACAGGUCGAGCAGGAAAAACAGGUGUGGCCAUAAGCUUCCUGACUCAAUCCGACUCGGCUUUAUUUUACGAUCUCAAGCAAGUACUUCUUGCAAGUCCUGUAAGCACUUGCCCCUCAGAGCUAGCUAACCACCCAGACGCUCAACACAAACCUGGUACUGUACUCACCAAGAAGAGGAAAGAAGAAACCAUCUACGUCUAGGAAAAGUUUUAGUUUUGUAUUCAGUCCUUACUGAAUGUAUCUUAAGAAUAAACCAUGACUAGUACGGAAACCAUAUUUUAUUGACAAGCAUGUUUUUGUUACCAUUACAAUUACUACACUACUAUUUACUACUCUCUUAACUCAACAUACUCGCUCUAAUACAACUUAAUUCAACUAAAAUUAAUCAUUUGCGUUUAAUCAUAAGCUUUUUUUGCAUCAAAUGUUCAUUUUGCGUUGACAAAUUCUUUUCAUCUCAACUAUGUAUCACAAAAUACCUGGUUGCUUAAAACAUUCUGUGACUCUACAUUCAGAUAGAUCUAUAGCUCAGUACUGUCUUACUUUCCUUUUUUUCUUCUUUGAACUCAUGGUCUUUUCAUAAGAGUAGAGUGAUCCAAGUAUCAUACUUUUAACCUCCACAAACCCUUCAGGGGUGAACUUCAAAGACUUACACUUGGAUUAAUUUUCGUAGAUGAAAGAGCCAUUCUAUUUUCCAUAACCUGUGUUCCUUUUGGUUUACGCAAAGAAGCGCGGUGACUAAGAGGAACGCGGGCUGUGGGAACAAGAACUGAAUGAGCGCAUUCAUAGUUGACUACGAAGUAGGUAGACAAAUAUUUGCGUAACGCAAGCUAUGCAAGAAGAAAUACUGCAAUGAUAGCCUUGUGAUUGCUCAAUAGCCGACAUACUCUCGCGGUGCAAAAUUUGGUCCACCCUAUCGUAGAAGACGGUGAAUAUAAGCCUACUAAAUAAUCCAUCCUAACUUAUAGAGAAGUUUUCGUAUAAGUGGGAAUAACACGGCAACUUCAUAGUCGCAUUUUAUCAUAGCCGUAGCUACGCGUUUUUGGUUGGAUGAAUGGGAGGAUGUGUCAGUGUUAACACACUUACCGUGUAUGUGUAACUAAAAUCAUGAAUCAUUCGUGUUCCAUGAAUACGAAAACCCCUCUAGAAGUUUAACCAUUUGCCCACCUGUUCAAGUAAUAAAACUCAGAUAGUGCUGUUAUCCGUUUCAACUUGAACAGGGGCACAGAACAUGGUUUUACUCAAUGUAGAGCUUCUACAAUAACAAUCAAUAAAUCUAUUUAUAAAAAAUCCUAAAGAUGUCAAAUAAACGAAAAAAUCAUCCAUUUCUCCAUUUCAAUUUCAUAAAAAUGUAAAUCAGUUAAAGAAAAAAUGAGACUUUGUCUCAAUACUCGUGCUGCAUGGCAGCGUCUUCAAUAUAUCAGUCUAACCAACCCUCAUAACCUACACUAAUGAUUCGCCGUCUUUAGACUGCUUUCUUUAUUUGAUAGGAAAAUAGUGCCACGAGAACGGCUUUGUAGAGAAAAAUUUACUAAGAGCUUCAUGAUAAAAAGGGAUUUUGGGGAGAUCAAGACAUUAAUCACUAUAUUCUCACUAAGGGAACAGAACAGCUUGUACAUGCAUUGGAGGGGGGGGGGGGGAAU